GGCCUGGAGGACCAGCUGCUGGGGAUCGUGGCUGCCAAGGAGAAACCCAAGCUGGAGGAGGAGAAGAGCGAGCUCAUCCUGGAGGGGGCUCGCAACAAGAAACUCCUCAAGGAGAUAGAGGACAAGAUCCUAGAAGUCUUGGCAACAUCUCAAGGCAACAUCCUGGAGGAUGAGACUGCCAUAGAGAUCCUGUCCUCCAGCAAGACCCUGAGUCAGGAGAUCAGUGAGAAACAGGAGGUGGCCUCACGGACAGAACGGGAGAUCGACGACACCAGGAACGGCUACAAACCUGUUGCCAAGCACUCCUCUGUCCUGUUCUUUGCCAUCUCGGACCUGGCCAACAUUGAGCCCAUGUACCAGUACAGCCUCACCUGGUUCAUCAACCUGUAUCUACAGUCCAUCAUAAACAGUGACCCAUCUCCUGUACUGGAGGAUAGAAUCACCAACCUCAACAACCACUUCACAUACAGCAUCUACCAGAACGUGUGCAGGUCCCUGUUUGAGAAAGACAAGCUUCUGUUCUCCUUCCUGCUGUCCAUUGGGCUGGCCAGGAUGGUCGAGGGUGCAGUAGAUGAAGAUGAGUGGAGGUUCCUCCUGACUGGAGGCGUUGCCCUUGACAACCCUUACCCCAACCCUGCUCCUGAUUGGUUGAAAGACAAGUCCUGGAAUGAGAUUGUGAGGUGUUCUGAUCUGACAGCCUUCCAAGGUUUUAUGCAGCAUUUCAAAUCCAACUUGGGAUCCUGGAAGAGCAUCUAUGACUCCAACUGUCCCCAUGAGGAAGAGCUGCCUGAACCCUGGAACAGUAAACUCAGCUUUCUGGAGAAGGCUAUUGUGUUACGGUGCAUCCGGCCAGACAAGGUUGUCCCAGUUGUUCAGAAGUUCAUCGUGACCAGGAUGGGCCAGGCCUAUGUUGAGCCCCCAACCUUUGACCUGUCCCUGAGCUAUGCCGACUCCAGCCACUUCUCUCCUCUGAUAUUUGUGCUGUCUCCUGGUGCAGACCCAAUGGCAGGACUCGUCAAGUUUGCUGAGGAGAAAGGAAUGGGAGGUUCCAGUCUGCAGACCAUCUCCCUCGGCCAGGGGCAAGGACCAAUCGCAGAGAAGAUGAUAGAGAAGGCUGUUGCUGAGGGGACCUGGGUCGUCCUUCAGAACUGUCACCUUGCAGUAAGCUGGCUACCAGAGCUGGAGAGAAUCUGUGAGGAAGUGAUCACAGAUCCUGAGAAGACAAAGCCAGAGUUCCGGCUAUGGCUGACGUCCUACCCCUCCCCAGCCUUCCCUGUCUCAGCUCUGCAGAAUGGCGUGAAGAUGACCAAUGAGCCACCCAAGGGUCUGAAGGCAAACCUGCUCAGGUCCUACCUGAAUGAUCCUAUCAGUGACCCAGACUUCUUCAAUGGAUGCAAUAAACCUAAGCAUUGGCAGAAGCUGCUGUUUGGUCUGUGCUUCUUCCAUGCACUAGUCCAGGAGCGGCGUAACUUUGGUCCCCUGGGAUGGAACAUUCCAUACGAGUUCAACGAGUCUGACCUCAGGAUCAGCGUCAAGCAACUCCAAAUGUUCCUCAACGACUACGACAAGGUUCCACUAGAUGCCCUGACGUAUCUGACCGGAGAAUGCAACUAUGGGGGUCGGGUGACUGACGAGCGUGACCGUCGCCUGCUCACCAGCAUACUGGCCAUCUUCUACUGCCCACAAAUCACCCAGGAUGAUGAGUACAAGUUAUCCCCCAGUGGCCUGUACUACGCACCUCAGCAAGGUAGCUACGACUCCUUUGUGGAGUAUGUGCGAGCGUUGCCAUGGACACCACACCCUGAGGUGUUUGGUCUCCACGAGAACGCAGACAUCUCCAAGGAGCAGCAGGAGACGCAGCAGCUGCUGGACGGGAUCCUGCUGACCCAGCCUCGACAGGCAGCAGGGGGAGGCAAGUCUGCAGAGGACCUCAUCCUGGAACUGGCCUCGGAUAUCCUCUCCAAGAUCCCUCCUAACUUCAACUUGGAGCAAGUGCAGACUAAGUACCCAGUCCGUUAUGAGGAGUCCAUGAACACCGUCCUGGUUCAGGAGCUGAUCCGGUUCAACCGCCUCAUCACGGUCAUCCGCACCAGUCUGCAGGACAUCCGCAAGGCCACGAACGGGCUGGUGGUCAUGUCGUCAGAACUGGAGGAUGUGUUUGACAGCAUGAUGGUGGGAAAGAUCCCAGCCAUGUGGGCUGCCAAGUCCUACCCAUCUCUCAAGCCACUCGGCAGCUACAUUGCUGACCUGAUAGCCAGGCUGCAGUUCUUCCAGGUGUGGAUAGAUGGCGGUCCUCCCCAUGUGUUCUGGUUAUCAGGGUUCUACUUCACCCACUCCUUCAUGACUGGGGCCAUCCAGAACUAUGCCAGGAAGUACAAGAUCCCCAUUGACCACCUGGCCUUUGAGUUCUUUGUUCAGAAGGAGGAGAAGAAGAUGCCAGGCAAACCGACUGAUGGAGUCUACGUGAGGGGCCUGUUCCUUGAGGGCGCACGUUGGGACCGACAAAAAGGACUUCUUGCAGAGUCUCUACCCAAAAUCCUUUACGACACCCUGCCAGUCAUAUGGCUCAAACCAGGAAA